AUGUACACCUAUGGUCUGAACUGCCUUAACACUUGUGGCUACUGUAAGGACAACGCCUCCUGUGACCCCGUGGACGGGGUUUGUUCUAACGGCUGUGCACCUGGUUACCAAACUGACAAAUGCGACACAGCAUGCAACUCGUCAUUCUAUGGAGCUGGUUGUAGUCAGCAAUGUGGUUAUUGCCUUGGGGGCCAAUCAUGUGACCAUAUUGAUGGUAGAUGUCCAGGCGACUGCGAGGAUGGAUAUCAACAGCCUAAAUGCAGAAAAGAUUGUACGAACGGUACAUAUGGAACUAACUGCGCCCAGACUUGUGGAGCCUGUAAAAACGGUAUGGCGUGUGAGCUCAUAUCGGGGGUGUGUCCUGAUUCGUGUGAGCCUGGCUGGACAGGACUGAUGUGUAAAACAGAGUGUAACGUUGGUUUCUUUGGACAAGACUGUACAGGAAUAUGUAACUGUAGGAACAACACAGCAUGUGACAAAGUAUCUGGCGCGUGUCCUAACGGCGAAUGCGAGGCAGGAUGGAAUGGUUCCACGUGCAGCGACUCAUGUGAUAGCUGGUGGCAUGGACAGGAUUGUGCCAUGAGAUGUGGCUACUGUUAUCGGGACGCCAUAUGUAAUCCAGUCACGGGAAUGUGUCCGAACGGCCUGUGUAGCAAUGGAUGGACGGGAACGACGUGUACCGAAGCUUGUCCUCCUACAAGAUAUGGUGAAGGAUGUCUGUCAUUGUGCUCCGAGAACUGUGUGAAUCAAGAAUGUGACCGGUUCAAUUCCACCUGUACUUCCGGUUGCGUAACAGGUUAUCAGGGACACUCAUGCUCCGACCCGGUGGUAGUGACAACACCUGAUGAUUAUUGGCGAGAGCAAACCAAACUGGUUCUUUACAUCAUAGCGGGCAUUCUGUUCCUGAUGGCAUUUUUGGUGGUCCUGUGUUGCUUGAGACGACGGACACUUAAGGAACGAAAGAGGGUCCCGAGGGCGUUUGGUAUUGAGGAACACGCUAUCAGAGUCGGGGCAAGUGUUCCUUAUCAGGACAUAACUGCUGAAGCAAAUGGAGACACUGGUAGCCCCAACAUAGCUGAGACACCUCUGGUCGACGUCGCCACAGAUGAUGAGGCUGCUCUUGUUGAUAAUCAACUAGACGCAGUAGAGGAAGAACCUGAACCCGUUCCUCCACCGACAGAAAUACUCGUCGAGAAGGAGGAGAGGGAUGCUGAUGUUGAUACAGAGAACGACAAUGAUGAAGAUUACCCUGAUGGGGAUGUUGGCAAGUCUGAUGUAGGUGGUACUGGUUCUGAGUCAGCAACGGCGGGGUUGGCGGCAACACCGGCGGCUACGUCUGGCACGGACGGGACCUCCGACUUGCCCACUGCCAUGACAUAUGGAUUUGUACUACCGGAAAUCGUUGGGACAAGAAUUUUACUGUCAGGAUUUGUGACUACCGUUAAAAAUAGGAAGGAGUGUGGGAAUUUGGCAAACGAAUUUAAGAAUUUACCCGAAGGAGCGAAACUUCCUGUUGAAGUUGGCAAAAAGCCAGAAAAUAAGUCGAAGAAUAGAUUCCGAAACAUCCUUCCCUAUGAUCAUUCAAGGGUUGUACUGGAGAAAGACGGCGGUGGGAAUGACUACAUCAACGCAAGUUAUAUUGAUGGAAUAGACAGCGAGCGACAGUACAUCGCCACGCAAGGACCGAAAGACGACACGGUGGCCGACUUCUGGCAGAUGAUUUGGGAAAACAACACUGGAAAAGUGAUCAUGUUGGCGAACCUCAUAGAGCUGGGGCGGCCAAAAUGUCACCAGUACUGGCCCAACGUGUCAGAAUCCUCCCAGUUUGGAUCGUACGUAGUCAAAACGGUGUCUGAAAAGGAGGGCAAGUGUUUUAGUGUCCGUGAGAUUCAGCUACAUCGCGCCCAGGAUGAGACCAUGACUAGGACGAUACAACAGCUGCACUUUACGACAUGGCCAGAUCACGGAACCCCUACCGUUGAGCAGCUGCUCAGCUUCCAUAGUAGUUCCAGCAAUAUUCAGACACCACUACAGGGCCCGGAAGUCGUUCAUUGCAGCGCCGGAGUUGGAAGGACUGGCACUUACAUCGCCCUGGAUGCCCUAACGAAGCAUGGCCGUUACGCUGCCUCCCUAGAUGUGUACGAGUAUACACUGAAAAUGAGGAAAGACCGAAUGAACAUGAUACAGACAGUGCAACAGUACAUCUGUCUUCACGAGGCCUUGGCGGAGGGACUGCCUAAUGCGACUGGUUAAUCUUAAGUUAAUGGUACUAGAAAAAUGACAGCAAGCUAGCAAGUUUGAGGCUAUCAGAAAUAAAUUGAUCUUCAUCAUCAGAUUCGAUAUUAAUUAGCGAAGAACCAAUUACAUGCAGUCACCACUAAUCAUUGCAAAUGUGUAUGGGUCAUACGUCAAAUUUCAUUUAAGACACAAUGUCCCAGAAACUCAAUCAAUGAUUGUGUAAUGGAAUUCUGUGAAGAGGUGAUGUGAUUGAAAUGUACUGCACUGCAUUUAAUACAUGUAAGGACCACUAUGGAAGCUUACUGAAAAUCAUUACUUUCUGAGGACAAUCUAUAAUUUCUAUUCGUUAGUGUUUUUAUAUUUUACAUUACGCUUCAUCAUCAGUUAGGAUAACAAAUAAAAUAUGCAUAUUUAAUCAAGCAAAACAAUUUAACAGUCAUUUCAAUUUGAGAUAUGACGGUAAUAAUAUAUUCACAAAGGACAUUCUUAUCUAGUCUUUUACAUUGAGCACGAUGGCAUCACCGCCAGUAUUGUCGUUUAUAACGCAAAAUGUUCUUGUCCGUAUGUCGUUAAAACUUGAAAGAAAUUUAGCAAUAAUGCUGGUUUGUAUUUGAUAUACAAAUGCUUGUUUAAAACAAAGAUUUCUCUCUUAUAGGAGACAAUUUCAUGUGUUUACUCAAAGUAAACAUCGUGACGUCAUGUAUAAUGACGUCAUCAAAUGAACGUUAAGUGAUAUCCACUGCUAGACAGAGUUCAUGAAAUAUCAAUGCAUGUAUUUUUUCGUAACAUUGUAUUAAUUUGUAUUAUACCCAUUAAACGAUGUGAUAAAGAAGGGUAUUCUGCGGCCCCUCAGUGAUAAGUGUACUAUUUUGCUGCAAGAGACUAUAACGUUAGUUGCAUAUGGUAUGUUAUUUAAAACAUCAGAUUCUCUCACAGCUCAUAGAAAAUUCAGGGGUCAAAGGUCCCAGGGUGUCACUGUUUGAGCUGAUACAAAAUUCAGUAUUGGAGAUUACCACAACCAGCUGAAUAUAGAUUAGAAUUAUAUCAACUGUUCAUUAUUGCUACAAAGUUUCGUCGGAUUUCGAUAUGAUCCCAAUAUGAGGCAAGAGUAUCGUUGAAAAGUUGCUAGUGUGUGGUUCAUGGAAGUUUUUUGGUCAUUUUUCGAAGUAUUUGCGACCAAAAUAGAAAAGAUGUAAAAUUAUGUCACUGUGCCCUAUUUUUCAGUAUUUGACAAUUUUUUCAAAAGGUUUUUUUUAAACCUAACACUUAUUUAAAAGAAAAUUCAAAAAAUAUCUUUUUAACUUCAGUUUGAAUUUUUGUGUGAAUGUUGAGUUUUGAGAGCCCGUGUGUUAAAAGGAUAAACACCGUGUGCUAUUUAUGGAAGGAUUUAAAUAGCAUUUCUAUGUUCAAGUAAAUAUAUAACUUGAUUGAACGCGGGAAUAAGGCAGUAUAUACCACACUGUUUAAAGUCAACAUUCAACUUAUUUGAACAGACUAUUUUUCAGUAUAUGUUUGCGUUACCAUUGAAUGCAUGUAUAGCUAAAUGUUCAAUUUCAAUUGUAAUAUUCCCCAGUCUGCGAUAUUUUUUUAUAUAUUAUAACACGAUAUAUGUACACUUUACCUUAUAAUGAAUGUUUGUUAUAUAACAACGCAAACGUUUAUUUAUAUCUUUAUAUAUUUAUUUACACUACGAUGAUAUGCCAAUCAUCAUAUGUAUAGCUAUGUAAACACAUACCUGGAUUUACCAUUUUAAUAUACUGUAUUGUUAUAACUUUAAAUCUACGAUAAAUAAAAGUUUUAUGAACAAUGCACAGUCUUUAUUUUUAACAUCUCGUAUAUAUCUUAACACGAACGACUAAAGAAGACGUUGACCGCGCCUCGAACUCCCGACGUAACAG